AUGGCCAGUCCCCGGACCAGAAGAGUUUUGAAGGGAUUGAGACCGGUCGAUGAGAACAACUUCUGUUUCGAAUGCGGGGCCAACAACCCACAAUGGGUGUCCGUCUCCUACGGAAUAUGGAUUUGUUUAGAAUGUUCGGGACUGCAUCGAGGACUUGGAGUACAUUUAAGUUUUGUACGAUCAGUCACUAUGGAUAAAUGGAAGGAUAUUGAGUUAGAGAAAAUGAAAGCGGGGGGAAACGCCAAAUUCCGGGAUUUCUUAGAAGCCCAAGCAGACUAUAAUCCUAGUUGGUCUCUUCAAGACAAAUAUAAUUCUCGCGCAGCAGCUUUAUUUAGAGAUAAGGUAAAUACAGAAGCUGAAGGUAAGACAUGGUCUAUUUCGACCUCUUCAGCACGAAAUUAUACUCCAAGCACCUUCGGAAGUACCAGUUCUUCGCAAUCCAAGCCUAAACAGCAAGGAACAUCGAGCAGUAGUUUAUCGUCUUAUUAUGGAGGCAAUUCUGGAUCCUAUGGCGACGGUGGAUACAACAGUUCGAGUGGUAAUUACAGUGAUAACAAGUAUCAAGGUUUCGGAAACACACAAGACCUCCCUCAAGGAAAUCAAUCUGAUGAUUUACUAUCAGGAGCGAUGAGCUCAUUAUCCAUGGGUUGGAACAUGCUGUCUAAAGGAGCUUCUCAAGCAGCAGCUCUGGCGAAAGAUGUGAGUCUUCAAGCUUCUCAGAAGGCCACUGAAAUCACUGGAAACAUGUCUCAAAACGGAGGAGGUUUGUUAUCCGGUGUCGCUUCUAAAGCUUCCGAAAUCGGAACCAAAUCAUGGGGUGGAUUCUCUGAUUUCGUGAAAUCUCCUUCUUUACAAGGAAUUGGAAAUAUAUUGAUUAAGGGUGGAUACGAAGACAUGAACAGCCCAGGCGGAGGCCAAUCGGAUGGUUUCGGCUCCAAGUCCGGAACUAACUUCGGUGACGACUGGGGCAGUUUUGCUCCUAAGGAGGCUACAACUAACGAUAUCUUUCCACCUGAAGAGCCAAGACAAGCUCCGAAGAAGAAGAAGCAACCUAAACCUGAGCCAUCACCAACUGCUUCAUCUCCCAACACAUUAAUUGAUCUCAACUCUCCGGAUGAUUCAUCGACAAUCGCCCAAUUUGAAGCUUCAGUUAGCAAAUCACGCGCUGUGAAAGCCAAAGCAGCAGAGGCAAAGAAAGAAGGUCCCAAGAAGGAUUGGGAUGAUGAUGCUUGGGACAUCCUGAACCAGUAA